AUGCCAUCAUUAAACGAUUCUUUAGAAAUUGGUCCCAAUCUACUACCUGAGACUGUUGGUUGUCUUUUACGAUUUCGACUGUAUGAAUUUGCCUUAACCUGUGACGGUAAACAAGCUUUCCUCAGAAAUGCAACGAGAUUCUUCUGGUACAAACAAAAGAAAGGCUCUUCAAAAACAGCUACGUUCACAGAUGAAGUAACUACAUACAGAUUCACUCUCUUACCAUUCGGACUGUCUUGCAGCCUUUUACCCUUCUGUGCAACUACACGAGAACUAGCCGCUAAUCAUAUAAAUGACUUCCCUACUUCUGAAGCACUCUUAGAUAAACACCUAUAUAUGGAUGAUUUUGUGGUUAGUCUAGAAACUGAAUCGCAAAUAAUGGUAUUACAAAAGGAAGUCAAAGAUUUGAUGUCACUCAUAAAACUAUCGAUGGAAAAAUGGGCUACUGACUCUUUAAAGCUUCAACACUUACUGGAAGCUAACAAAGAAAAUUUCAAGACCGAAACUACAGUUUUAUGCAUUGGAUGGAACACGAAAACUGAUACCUUGAGCAACGCUUUCAAGACUUCACUCUGUGCUCCUCCAGAUAAGCCACUUACUAAGAAGUGGUUACUCCACUGUAUUACAAGUUUAUACGAUCCCUUAGGACUGUUUACACCAUUCACGAUAAUUGGAAAGAUACUCUUUCAAGAUACUUGGAUUCUUGGAAUCAAUUGGGAUGAAAUUUUACCGACAAACUUGGCUGCUGUGUGGCAUACAGUUACAACCCAGCUCGAUGCCAUUUCCUCAAAAGAAGUUCCUCGUUUCAUAGGAAUUUCAUCGCUUGAUUCCUUUAAUAUUCAUAUAUUCUACGAUGCAUCAGAGCGAGUUUAUGUCGCAGUUUUGUACAUAGUUACUUCUCGUAAUAAUCAAUCAAGUAUCCAUUUAGUAUGCAGCCGCAAUAGACUUGCACCUAUAAGGAAAGUUAGUCUUUUACGCUUAGAGCUUUUAGCAGCUGUGAUUGGUACCAGACUGCUGAAAUUUUUUCGCAAUGAUACUGGAUUGUCGCAAUCUACUGCCACAUUAUGGAGCUACUGUGAAGUCCCCCUUGGUUAG